AAGGGUACGGUGUAGAGAGAGAGAGAGAUUCCAAACCCAAAAUCCUUACCCCUGCCGCUCCGUCUCUUAUAGCAGCAGUAAUGGCAGUGCAUCAGUGGCAGUGCAAUAAAAGAGUGGAGAGUUCUCAUUGGGAAGGUAAAGCCCUGCACCUGUGCCUCAAUACAUUUACAUGAGCCAGCGCUCCUCCUUAUAACUUCUCUCCUCGUCUCUCUGCCUACUCCGCGUGCGCUCUGUGCACACAUAUGAAUCCCUCUCUCUCACUCCACUUUCAUAGAAGCUCUUGCAUAGAGUUUCUGUGUUUGUGUUUAGAGAGAGAGAGAGAAAGAGAGUGUUAAUGCUGUCUCCGAGAAGAAAGAUAGAACACCCAUUUUCCAAAGGAAAUCUGAGCAGCCUUUGCCAGACCAGCCCAGGAGUGCAAAACCACCACUACUACUACUUUAAUACCUAACCACACUAUCACUAUUUAGGAUUUCCUGCAAAAAGCAUGAAAGUUGAAGCAUAAAACCCGGGAGAGGCCUGGAGAAACGACCUUCUUUAGAGCUAAAAGAUUGCAUGAGAGAGAGAGAGAGAGACAGCCGGGGGGGAAAGGAGGGGAGGUGUUUGUGUUACAUAUAGCAAAGCCAAGUGAACUAGGUUUAGGAUAAGACAGUGUGGGGGAAAAAGAUAGAGAUUAUGGAUAGUGGUUCUAAUGGAACUUCUUGUAUGAUGUCUUUCGGAGAGAACAGUUAUGGUUUAUGUCCAGUGAUGAUGAUGCCUCUAAUGUCUUCUCAUCAAAGCCACCACCACCAUAAUCCUAAUGCAGACGCUAACAGUUUAAUCCCUUUACCUCCCACCAACAAUCACGACCAGAAUCGAAACCGCAAUACUGAUAACAGCUCCGCCUUCUUUCUUCAUGACCAGACCAAUAAUAGCAACACUGGCUGUUAUUUCAUGGAGAGCAACACCAACAUGAACAACCACGAGAGCAGCAGUUCUGCUGAGAAGGUUAAGAUCAUGGCUCAUCCUCACUACCAACGACUCUUGGCUGCCUAUGUCAAUUGUCAAAAGGUCGGGGCACCGCCUGAAGUGGUGGCAAGACUGGAAGAAACGUGUGCUUCAGCGGCGACAAUGGGCCACCCAGGCACGGGUUCCAUCGGUGAAGAUCCGGCGCUGGAUCAGUUCAUGGAAGCCUACUGUGAGAUGCUGACCAAGUACGAGCAAGAACUUUCUAAACCCUACAAGGAAGCCGUGCUUUUUCUCCAAAGGAUCGAGUGCCAAUUCAAAGCCCUCGCUGUUUCUUCUUCAGAUUCGGCUUGUGGUGAGGCUGUAGAUAGGAGUGGAUCAUCUGAAGAAGAGGUUGAUUUAAAUAACAACUUCAUUGAUCCGCAUGCUGAGGAUCGGGAGCUAAAAGGUCAACUUUUGCGUAAGUACAGUGGAUAUUUAGGCAGUCUGAAACAGGAGUUCAUGAAGAAGAAGAAGAAAGGGAAACUGCCAAAAGAAGCUAGGCAACAGCUGCUUGAUUGGUGGAGCAGGCAUUACAAAUGGCCUUAUCCAUCGGAGUCGCAGAAGCUGGCUCUUGCAGAAUCAACAGGCCUGGAUCAGAAGCAAAUAAACAACUGGUUCAUAAAUCAAAGAAAGCGACAUUGGAAGCCUUCAGAAGAUAUGCAGUUUGUGGUAAUGGAUGCUGCCCAUCAGCACUAUUACAUGGACAAUGUCUUGGGCAAUCCUUUUCCUAUGGACAUCUCACCCACAUCACUGCUGUGAAGAUGAUAACUUGAUGCAAAAUAUUGUGUAAUUAAAUGUACUUGUGCUCCUAAUCGACAUCUUUUGACAUCUUUGAAUUAUAUAUCAUGUCAUUCUUGC